AUGCCCGACGGCCAGAUCUCGUCUUCUCACUCUCGCCAUCACCAGUCCACCGUGUCAACGUCCUCCCGCUCAUCUGUUGCCGUGGCUGCAGUUGCUGUCGCAAUCUCGCCGUCGUGGCUUCGAUCUUCCACCUCCACAAACACUGACUCGCGACACCAGUAUCAGCAUCGGCAAUAUCACGACCCCUCGAGGCCCGCGCCCUCGUUCUCGCCCUCCUCGCUAAACGCGCAGCCUCACGUACCCGCGACUGCACGCCUUCCCCGGACCUCGUCGCUUCUCCCGCCGCCUCAAAUCACGCCCUCCUCGAGAUCCAGCCCUCACGAGCAGUCGAAUCAUCUGUCACCGAUUUCUGCUGGACACGAAGUCCCCCACAACGCUGCCGAGAGCUCGUGGCUUCUCAACCGCUGGUCGACCUCGACUGUGUCUAGUCGUGCCUCGGCUGCACCUCACCGCGCGCCCGCUUCUCGAUUCGGUAGUCGCUCCAGUAUCGAUGCGACGAGCCCCAGUAGCCGUUCUUCACCGUCAUCCAAGCCAUCGCCCCGGAAAUUACAGAAGAAUCGACGACCUAGCGCUUCAUCCGUCAACGCCGACGUUUCCGUCCCUAAACCUCCAGAACAGAGCACUCAGCUACCGCAAGCGCUCCCGCCAAUUGUCACUUUAUCGCCUUUAGAGCCUCCUGCGCUCGGCGAACUCCUCGCGGUCAAAUCCAAAGGGACUGGCCCUGGUUCACCUGAGCCUGGGCGAUCGACCAUCGCCCGCGAGAGUCAGUCCCUGAUAAGCCCUGGAACGACCGACUCUCCAAUCCAGUCUGUGACAUCGACACCAGCAAGUGCGCGCUCCAUGGCUUCAUAUAGACCCACCAUGCCUUACGACCAGGACCACGAGGCAUAUGCGCCUCACCGAGGCCAUUCUCGGAGCCGCUCCGGGAAGAGCAGCCAUGAUAAAGGACGUGGACCAAAGCCUCCGUCGCAGAAGGCAAUGCUGUCCCGCGCUCUGCAAAAAGCCAACACUGCAGUUCAGCUAGAUAAUGCGCAGAAUUUUGAAGGCGCCCGGGAGGCGUAUGCGGAGGCUUGUGAUCUUUUGCAGCAAGUGCUGCAGAAGACGACAGCAGAUGAAGACAAACGAAAGCUUGAAGCUAUUCGACGAACUUACACGAGCCGUAUUGAAGAAUUGGAUCAAAUGACGCCUUGGCAGCCAGAGGAGGAGUCCAAAGCCCUACCAGCUCGCCCCGAGAGCCUGGCACAGCACUCGGAAUCCGAGUCUGUACUUAACCUUGACGAGGAUGACGACAACGACGCGACGCUUUUCGAGACAGCAACUAUCACGAGAGUUAUCAGAGAUGACAGCCGCAGUCCUCAACCCCCAUAUCCAGCUUACUCACCACCCCAACAAGAGGAUGGUGGAUAUAGAAGAAGGAGCAUACAGAAGCCGAAGCCGAUAGUCACCACCCUUACACCGGAACCUGGACUCCUUCAGUCUUCCUUCUCGCGGUCCCCUAUCCGGCUCCGAACGCCUGACCAUCUCCUUCUGCAAAGAUCUGUAGACCCAUACAUGCCAGCUCCGUUGUCACCACGCCGCCCGAUGUCACCAGUCAAGCCGGAAGCGGACGAAAUGGAUGAGCCUAUUCGAUCUGAUUUCUCCAUGGCCCCAGAUGCUCCAGUCAAUCCUCCAGUCGGAAACGCGGUACCUCAAACUCAUUUCCGGGACGACAGUUUGAACUCGUGGCUUGACCCUAUCGAUGAGUCUGGUGGUUCAACCUCUUCCUCUGUUCACUCUCGCACAUCUUCGCUUGGUUUUAGGAGGAAGCACAUCCGGGCUGUUAGUGGUGAAACUGAGGCCGAAUUCGACACUGCACUGGACGCAGCUAUUGAAGCGGCAUAUGAUGACGGCUAUGAGCCGAUGAGCCCAAUGGAUUAUGGACGACGAGUUUCAGCUGAAGCGAGCGAGGAAGCAGUAGUUAAUGCCUUGCGCAAAGUUGAAUUGGCGCGCCAGCGGGUUCGAGAGAUGGAGGAAGAAGAGUAUGGGAUGGCCUUGGAGAUGGGACGACGAGCACAGCAACAGCAGCAGCAGCAGCAGCAGCAAUCGCUCCCCUCGGAUAAUCAUGGUAUGUCCCAGGAUUUCUACGACGAUAAUUCAUCAGACGAUGAAGAGAGGAUACUGGAAGAAAUCACCCGCGACUAUGGCCUUGGGCCGUAUGUUGCAAGUCAGCGGCAGCCAUCAGUCCCUCGCGAAUCCGAUUCAAGCGGCGUCACCUCGCGCACAUGGCAUAGUUCACAGGGAUCGAACCCUCCCACAGCAGCGACCUCAUUGUCUACCGUUACGGAACUGCCACCGGCCUUCACAAAUAUCUCGCAGGCGCCUGCUGCGCCGCCACCAACACAGUCGCUCCCUGAGUUGCCUCAACGGCCUGGCUCAUCCGCCCAGAGUGUGCGGAAUCGUCGCAUGUCUGGACAGAAUGCUAAGCAGCUCAAGAUCGAGACCUCCAAGCUGGUGCCUCCUCUCCAGAACCACCCCGAGGAUCUGGCACAGGCCAAGUCUGCUCCUAUGGAUGGCCAGGAGUCACACUUUCCCGCUGAUACGGGUAUGAGGGUGACAAGUGCGCCUCAUAGACCUUCAUCACCCCCCUUAUUCGAGGCCAGUCCUACCGAUGUGUCGGCAGCCAAACCCACACCAUCACCUUUCGGCCAACUGGGACAAGCUGAGGGAGAUGAAGCUGCCCCGGCACAGCAUUCUGGAUCUCCAUCCGCGACACGAUUGAGGAAGAACUUUUCUUCGUCGAGUUUGAGAAGCAUGAAGAGCCGCAACAUGUCGGCCACUAACCUUGAAGAAGGCUCGGAUAUGUCUCCUGGAACACCAGGAAGCAAUCCUUUUGGCAGUCUUCAUGCUCCUUCUGUCCCGGCACUCCCCACUCCCCUUACAACCACGUUCCGGGAACGAUCAGACACCAAUGCUGCUGGACUCUCUCUGUUUGACGAUCACUUUUACUCCCCGACGAGCCCUGGCUCACCGAACGAGCUAUACCCGGAUCCGCCUGUCCCUCUUGAGCCCUGCCCCACGGACUUUAUGCUUCGGCCGUUCUGGUUGAUGCGAUGUCUCUAUCAAACCCUGGCUCAUCCACGGGGUGGUUAUCUCAGUCACAAGCUCUUCGUACCAAGGGAUGUGUGGCGAGUAAAGGGAGUCAAGCUCAAGAAUAUCGAGGAGAAGGUGGCAAACUGCGAUUUCCUCACCGCUGCUUUGCUCAAGAUUGAGAGGGUCGACACGUGCGAUGCUGAUGCAGUGCUCGAAGAAAUGCAGUCCCUGGAGGGCAUUCUAGAGCAGGUUCAGACUGCCUUGAGCCGCAAGCUUGGCAAUGAGGUUGGCGUACAGAGCUCGGGAACCCUAUUCAAGGAUGCGACGAAUGGCGAUGACAGCGCAGCACCUGGUGUGCCACGAUCUUCCAGCGUUUCAGGGAAAUCAUCAUUCUCUUGGCGGCGUCUUCGUUCCAAGAACUCUGCGGUCGGGCUUGGCGGCUCAUACACAAGCCGCCUGGUGGCAACAGACACGGGCAAGGAUGUGCCAAGCAUCGCCAGCCUACCCAUGACGCCGAACCCGACGAGUCGCCCGGCUAAGAGGGAUCUGACACAAGCACAAUUUACGGGCCCGAAUGCGAUGUACAUGAGCUCGCUCGCUCGCCUCUUUGAUGCGGCCCAGGCUAUUGAUCAAAUCGCAAGACAAGUAGAAGAUCCUGGGUUGCGGCACGCCGACAAGACGCAGGUUGGGCUUGAGUUGUGCACGCGACACGCUGCAGAGUUCUUUGGGUUCUACGUGUGCCGGUUUGUCCUGGCAGAUCUGGGGUUGCUACUAGACAAGUUCAUUAAGCGUGGCAGCGAAUGGGUUCUCACAUGA